GUGACUUGAUGCCCAAAGAGCGUCGGACUAGUGCUCUGCACCGGCCCUCAGCUAAGUUAAGCAGAAGCCGCCAUUCGCUACAAAAUGAAUCCAGCACCGGGCUGGAAAUCGGUGUUCCUGAUGCACCUGUAGCAGAAACUGGUCCAGCGGAGGACGACAAAUUGGUCGACAUCCCAAGCACUCUGACCAAGAAAGAGAAACAGCAGCUGAAGCGAGAGGCGUUGCUCGACCGGCUGUACACAUCCGCCUCGACCUACACCAAAGCCCAAAGGCGACGCUUCAACAAAAGACAGCGAGAACAGAUUGGGGGCGGGCUGUCAGACAUGAAGGCUGCCCUCUCUAUGCUCGACAGCGUCCCUUCCAUCGUGACUGGUUCCGCCCAGCAGCCUGAUGAAACGCAAGCGGCGUCUGGCGGCAGUGGACCCUCUCAACUGAUCGGCGAAGGCAAAGGGACUCCAUUCAGCAAGAGCCAGCGGCAGAAGGCAUUACAAUUAGAGCGUUUGAGACAUCCUAUGAUCAUCUCGGACAAGCGAUACUCCUCUAAUCCGUUUCAAACGAUUCGAACACAUGCGCAGAACACGCUGGUGCAAAACAGCAGAAUUGUCAGCUGAAGGUUCAGGACUUUACGCGGCGCCAGCACUAUAGCAUAACUCUAUGCCGGCAACUCUACAUUCUAAAAGUACCGUACUUCAUACUUAGAGAUACUUAGUCUGACAUAGGUAUCGUAUAACACAGUCGUGUGUCGAUUACAGAGUCAAAGCGGG